UUCCGAUUACUAUUUAGUAAUUGUAUAUUGACCGUAACACUAACAAUUUUGUGCUAUUAAGCCGGUAGAAUAGUUCGGUCCUAUUAGAAUCGCAUAAAUACUUGAAUUAACAUUGGAAAUAAGUUUAAAAAAAGUUUAAGUAUGGCUACACUUUGGAUACCUUUGGAAUCUAAUCCUGAUGUUUUGACUAAGUACAUUCAUGAACUUGGUGUUUCUGAUGAGUGGUGCUUGACUGAUGUCAUGGGCUUAGAGCCGGACAUGUUGGAAUGGGUGCCAAAGCCGGUAAAAGCAAUGAUAUUGCUUUUUCCUUGCUCUGAAGCUUAUGAGCAACAUCGUCGUGAGGAAAAUGAACGAUUACUUUCGUCUCCGGAAACUCAUCCUGAUGAUUUGUUUUAUAUGCGUCAAUGUACCCCCAAUGCUUGCGGAACUGUCGCUCUGAUUCAUAGUAUCGCUAAUGCUAAAGGCAUUCAACUUAAGGAUGGCAUACUUAAGAACUUUUUGGAAAAUGUUUCUGAUAUGACUCCAGAAAAACGUGGUGAAGCUUUAGAAAACGAUAAAAAAUUUUCUGAAGGUCAUCAAAGUUUGGCACAAGAAGGCCAAACUCCAGCCGACCCGAAUACUAAAGUAUUUCAUCACUUUGUCGCUAUCGUUAACAAGGGGGAUGUACUCUAUGAAUUAGAUGGACGCAAACAGUUUCCUGUAAAGCAUGGGGAUACAAGUGAAGAAACGUUCGUGGCAGACGCAGCUAAAGUUUGUAAAGAAUUUAUGAAGCGUGAUCCAUCUGAGCUUCGUUUCACUGUGUUAGCACUGGCUGCCGCACAAGAUUAAAAUUUAAAAAAAUUAAAUAUUAAAAUAAUUAUACUAUAAAAAUACAUAAAAAAAAAUAUAUAAAAC